CCAAGAUCCUAUACAACGACGAUGACGCGUUUGCAGGCCUCGGGACGGUUCAGAAUGCCUUAGUGACAAUAUCAAGCAGAGAGCAUUGCGUGGAUAUCGGUCUACUUCCGGAUCACGGACAUCCCGAGCCCGACAGAUUGAGGAUACAUAAAGCAUGGCUUUUGCUCGUCUUCAAAUCUUUCCAAAACACAACCCAACUCAUACUCACUCGUUCUCUUCGAACCGUCUCUUCUCAAUUAUCUCAAAAUGCAGCUUCUUCAGCUCAAGCAGGCGAUUGCGCUGUCGCUGGCCGGUUUUGCUAUGGCGCACCCGGGAGCCCAUGAAUCCAGCUCUUUCACCGAUGUCUCCAAGCGUGCCUUCCUGCACAACGCCCACCGGAGUCUGAGCCAGUGUGCCGGACAGCUCAAGAGAAAUGGCGUCCUUGAACGAGCUGCUUCUCGCCGCGCCGCCGUGUUUGAGCAGUACAAGAAGCGCUCCUUGGGUCUCCGCGAUACGGAGCAGGUGGUCAACACCUCGCACCACUCCUCCCUCGAUGUGACGCUCAACACUCCCGAGUCGGAGCUUUUCUCAAAGGACCCCGUGUGUAUCCUAGCUCCCGAGGGUGAGGUUGGCCCCUUCUGGGUGAAGGGCGAGCUGAUCCGACACGAUCUCUCCGACGGAGAACCGGGUGUGCCUCUCUACAUUGACGGCCAGUUCAUCGACAUCAACACCUGCGAACCCAUCCAGGACCUCUACUGGGACGUCUGGAACUGCAACUCCACUGGGAUCUACUCCGGAGUUCAAAGCAGCAUGAACGGCAACGUCAAUGACACUUCCAACCUCGAUAAGACAUUCCUCCGUGGCAUUCAAAAGACUGAUGCUGAUGGCGUCGCGGGAUUCAAGACCGUCUUCCCUGGACAUUACUCUGGUCGCGCAACUCACGUCCAUGUCAUCGCCCACCUGGGUGCGGAGGUCCUCGCCAACAACACGCUGAGGGGAGGCCAUAUUCCUCACAUCGGCCAGCUGUUCUUCGACCAGGAUUUGAUCUCACAGGUUGAAGCCACCUAUCCCUACAACACCAACACCGUUGCCAUUACCGAGAAUGCCGACGAUCAUGUGGUCAUCGUUGAGACAGAGGAUAGCAACUCCGACCCCUUCUUUCAGUAUGCUUUGCUGGGAGACUCGAUCGAGGAUGGUGUUUUUGGGUGGAUUACCCUUGGAAUCAAUGUUACUGCCAGCCAUGACAGCAGUGCUACAUAUGCUGCUAGUCUUACCUCUUCUGGCGGGGUUGUCAACGAAGAUGCUUCGAGUGGCGUUGACAUGUAAGGCCCGUGGGGGUCUUGAGCAGUUGAGCCGGAGCUUUUCCUGUGGCUUUUCAGUCACUCACCUUGGCGAUAACAUCGACUUGUUGAAGUCGGAACCCUGUCAUGUAGUUAGUAACCUUCUGUAUCAUCUUUUACUUUACCUUGGAAAUCGAAUUGAAUAGUCCAAUUCAUUAA